GCGACCGAGAAAUGCGUCAGUACCCCGUCAACACAUCUCCAUACUCUUAGUGUUCGUGUAAUUUGCUGGUAUCCCAGCUGUAACGUCGACCGACGAUUUGCGACAUAUAUUUUUUUCCUGUGCAGAAGCUGAUUGAUGAAAGAAAGAAAAAAAAAUUCACGAGCCGCAGUUAACUAGGAAACUAAAAUACUGAAAAGCGAGACGUUGCUUUUUCUCAUCUACAAUAUCGUGACCUUACUCGCAGGAUCAUUUUACGAUCUAUUGUAACGGAUUAAUCGUUUGUCGUUUUAUUGAAUCGAAAAUAAAUAAUUACCGUCCACCUUGCACCCAUGUGCUACAGUAUUGCGCAAAAGAUAUAUAAACCUGCAUAGGUGCAGUUCAACCGAAGGAAAAAAUAAGCACAAUCGUGGAAUUCCACGUAACGUUGUAAGCGCGCACCGAGACCUAGUGGAGAAGAUGACCGACGGUGAGAAGGCUCAGCACGGGGGUCUGAAACCGUUCCGGAGGGACGGCAAGAAGCACAUCGUCCACUGGUUCCGGAAGGGGCUCAGACUCCAUGACAAUCCGGCCCUUAGGGAGGGACUUACAGGCGCCACGACCUUCCGGUGCGUGUUCGUUCUCGACCCGUGGUUCGCCGGCAGCACCAACGUCGGCAUUAACAAGUGGCGGUUCCUGCUGCAGUGUCUGGAGGACCUCGACCGGUCUUUGUGGAAGCUAAACUCGCGGCUUUUCGUUAUUCGCGGACAACCAGCCGACGUGUUACCAAAACUCUUUAAAGAGUGGGGCACCACGGAUCUCACCUUCGAAGAGGAUCCCGAGCCGUUCGGACGGGUUCUCAACCAGAACAUAACGACGCUCUGCGAGGAAAUGGGCAUAUCGGUGGUGCAGAGGGUGUCCCACACGCUCUACAAACUGGACAGUAUCAUCGAGAAGAACGGAGGAAAGGCGCCUCUGACUUAUCACCAGUUCUUGAACGUCGCAGCCGCAAUGGACCCACCGCCACCGCCCGAGGCUUUGGUAACUUCCGAAUUCACGACUGGAGCUUACACGCCUAUUAUGGUGAAUCACAACGACGUGUACGGUGUGCCCACUCUAGAGGAGCUAGGCUUCGAGACCGAGAAUUUGCUGCCUCCUGUUUGGAUCGGCGGCGAGACUGAAGCCCUGGUGAGGCUUGAGUAUCACCUCGCACGUAGAUAUUGGGUGGCAAGCUUCGGCCGUCCCAAAAUGACCCCGCAAUCGCUUCUCGCGAGUCAGACAGGCCUUUCUCCUUAUCUCCGUUUCGGCUGUCUCAGCACGAGACUCUUUUUCUACCAGCUCACGGACUUGUACAAAAAGGUUUUGCGUAUUAAAAAAGCCGUGCCGCCGUUGUCGCUUCACGGGCAGCUGCUGUGGCGGGAAUUUUUUUACUGCGCCGCCACGCGGAAUCCGAGCUUCGACAGGAUGCAGGGUAACCCGAUUUGCGUUCAGAUACCGUGGGACAAGAAUGCCGAGGCGCUCGCCAAGUGGGCGAACGGUCAAACAGGGUUUCCCUGGAUCGAUGCAAUUAUGACUCAGCUCCGAGAGGAAGGCUGGAUUCAUCAUCUGACGAGGCAUGCAGUCGCGUGUUUCCUGACCAGGGGGGAUCUCUGGUUAUCCUGGGAGGAGGGGAUGAAGGUAUUCGACGAACUUCUCCUGGAUGCCGACUGGUCCGUAAACGCCGGUAUGUGGAUGUGGCUCUCCUGUAGUUCGUUUUUCCAGCAAUUCUUCCACUGCUACUGUCCUGUCCGGUUUGGCCGUAAAGCCGACCCCAACGGCGACUACAUAAGGCGCUACGUGCCAGCCUUGAAGACCUUUCCAGCAAAGUACAUACACGAGCCGUGGAACGCGCCGCAGGGCAUUCAGCAGACGGCCAAAUGCAUAAUUGGGAAGGACUAUCCACUGCCGAUGGUCGACCACGGGAAGAGUUCGCGGAUAAAUAUCGAGCGUAUGAAGCAGGUCUACCAGCAGCUCAACAAGUACAGGGGAAAUGGACUCCCAGGCACGAGGGGAGAAACAAUAGAAGGACUGCUAAAUUGUACGCUAGCGACAGCCACACUCCCCCAGUCUGAAGAAGAUGAGAAAAAUAAGCAUCAGACGACGAGUAACCCUUCCCUGAGUCCCGCUAGACACCAGAAAACCAUUUGCAGCAUCCUAUCCAUGGUCACCCUCCGCCAGCUAGACCAGACCGCUGAAUUCCCAUCCUCUGAGAUGGACUGAUCAUCGCAUCUUCCUACUUGCGCGGAUUCUGUUGAGCCGUGUACAUAAACAGCUAUAACAUGUAUGUAAAUAAUAAUAUAAGUAUACAUAUAGUAUUGUACAUUAUAAUUGGUGCUUCACCGGGUGAUGAUGCAUCAGAUCUAGAUUGGCGAAGAUUUGACUGUUCCAAGUCGAUCUGCUCGAGAUUCUUAAUCAUCUUAGAAAUUUCUACUCCAUGAAGGAACUAAAAAUUUCAUUGUCAAGGAAAUUUUAUAAAAUUAACAACUAGAAUAAAAGGUUUACAUUGAAAUUGCCGUUGGUCUUGUAUCUCGAAAGCAGUUUUCUGUAAGCUGUGAAGAUAAUUCGGCAAGACGGUAGCGUAAGAUAUUUAUACGCUCUAGACAUACAGUGACAUAUAAGUUGUAACAUGACUCAUUUUGGCAAUUAAUCAUGAUACUAUUAUGUCUGAAUGUAUGUAUAAAUAUAUGUAUACACGUGGAUACUACUGGAUGUCCGAACGGCAUUUAUUAUAUGUAUUCAUAUGUAUAUUAUUUACACGAAUAACGCUUUACAUUAUUGUAUUAUAAUAUCAACUUUUCAAAUGGUUUUUGUUCGUGGGUUUAUUUUUUUUAAGU